AUGGACACUGCUAUGGAAGUCAACCUGGGUGCCGCUGGCCACGGGCCCCGCACAGAGCUCGACGAUGAGGACUACCCCCAGGGUGGCUGGGACACGGUCUUCCUGGUGGCCCUGCUGCUCCUGGGGCUGCCAGCCAACGGGCUCAUGGCAUGGCUGGCCGGCUCGCAGGCCCGGCAGGGAGCGGGCACGCGGCUCGCCCUGCUUCUGCUCAGCCUGGCCCUCUCUGACUUUUUGUUCCUGGCGGCAGCAGCCUUCCAGAUCCUGGAGAUCCAGCAUGGAGGGCACUGGCCACUGGGGACGGCCGCCUGCCGCUUCUAUUACUUCCUGUGGGGUGUGUCAGCCCUCAGCCUGGACCGCUGCCUGCUUGCGCUGUGCCCUCGCUGGUACCCCGGGCACCGCCCAGCCCGCCUGCCCCUCUGGGUCUGUGCCGGGGUCUGGGUGCUGGCCACCCUCUUCAGUGUGCCCUGGCUGGUCUUCCCCGAGGCCGCCGUCUGGUGGUACGACCUGGUCAUCUGCCUGGAUUUCUGGGACAGCGAGGAGCUGCCGCUGCGGAUGCUCGAGAUCCUGGGAGGCUUCCUGCCUUUCCUCCUGCUGCUCGUCUGCCACGUGCUCACGCAGGCUGCCACCUGCAGAACCUGCCGCCGCCAGCCCGGCUCCACGGCCUGCCGAGGCUUUGCCCGCGUGGCCAAGACCAUUUUGUCAGCCUAUGUGGUCCUAAGGCUGCCCUACCAGCUGGCGCAGCUGCUGUACCUGGCCUUCCUGUGGGACAUCUACCCCGGCUACCUGCUCUGGGAGGCCCUGGUCUACUCUGACUACCUGAUCCUUGUCGACAGCUGCCUCAGCCCCUUCCUCUGCCUCCUGGCCAGCGCCGACCUCCGGGCCCUGCUGCGCACCGUGCUCUCUUCCUUCGCCGUGGCUCUCUGCGAGGAGCGGCCGGGCGGCUUCACUCCGGCUGAGCCACAGACCCAAGCGGCCACUGGGGGUCAGACUCUACCAGGGCCAGUGGCCGAGGCCCAGCCACAGGUGAACCCCACAGCCCAGCCACUGUUGGAGUCCGCGGCCCAGCCACAGUCAGACUCUCUGGUCCAGCCUCAGCUGAACCCCAGGGCCCAGCCCCAGGAGAACCACGAGGCCCAGCCCCAGCUGGAUGCUGGGGCCCAGCCACAGGCAAGCCCUGAGGCCCAGCCCCCUGGAGCCCCGGCCAGCUCAGCCCCCAGCCCCUGUGACGAAGCCUCCUCUGCCCCCUCCACGGAUUCCACCCCAGAUGCCCCUGUGAACCCGGCCGAACCUGCUGCCUCUGAGGGAGAAAGCCCCAGCAGCGCCCCCCAGGAGGAGGCCCCGGGUGCAGGCCCCACGUGA